UAUGUAAAAGUUUGGUGAGUGUUUGGUAAGUCUACUUAUUUUGCAGUCACCCUUUGUAUCUCACCAUGCCCCCAAUUCCUUCAAAUUAUCCUCCUCCUCCUCCCCAAGCCCUCCUCUGGUGCCUACACUGCUAUCAUGCCCCAUCAUACCUUGAGUGGGGGAACAACUAUGCCUGGCCUAGCGAGAACGACGUCCUGGGAACCGGGGGAGGCGGCCGAUCUCCCGACCCGGGACGCUCACUGAGAAGCGACAACCCAGAUGGGCAGCCGCCCCCCCUCAGGACCGGUGGGGGACAUCCCGGUCUCCACUGGGGGCAAGCAUCUCCCUGCAACAACGGAACCUCUCAAAACCGGAGCACGCAUAGCGAACACAAGAUGGCCACUAAACCACAGCCUCCACAUGCCAGGAAGGGAUCGGACAUCCAGACCUGGCGGGAAAACUUUGAAGCCAGGUUUAACCAACUGUGCAAUGCGUUCUGGCAAUGCAUCGAGAGCCGAAGCCCACGAGUUUCACUGACCUAUCGAGAAGACACAUCGGACCACGGAUCCUGCACUGGGCUGGGGGCCCACCUGGUGACACAGCCAGCUAGCCGCCCAGAUACCCGGAGGGUUCCCCGACGCCCGUGACCCCGCCAAAAUAAAACAGAGGGUCCCUGGAAACGCGGCAAGGGCUCCCCCUAAAGCCUGUGCUCAGGAAGGUGGAAAGCCUAGGCGUAGCACACCAAUUGCGAUCUGCAAACACAGAGCCUGGCACAACACACGGCCUCUCCUGACUGGGAGCAGAGCAGACCCACCGGACGGGAGGUCUGAUGGUCUUCGCUGGCCCAUCUGCGGUAUUGGCCGAAUGACUACCCAGAAACAACUUACAGCUCUACUGCAGCGACAUCUUCUCUUUAAGUAAUCUCAGGACGUUUAGUACCCAGUGGCCAUAAAGAGGAGCUAGCGUUAAAUAUGGUUUAGCGUGUUUUAAUGCCUGUUUAUUUUCUUUUAUUUUUUUAGUAUCUCAUCACCUUAGCCAUCACAUUAACCUCAGCAACAUUAGUGGUUAAACUCAGCAACAUUAGUGGGUCUCGCAUGUUAUUUGCAGAUACUAAUCUACCUACACAAUAGGCUUAGUAUACCCAGCAUCAAGCACUCAGUGACAUGCCUUAGUUAAUGGUAGCAAGUUAUACCUCACUCUAAAUGCGCUUCUACACUGGGCGUAUACCAUGUUCUGUAUUUUUCAAUGGUGUGUUAUUCGGAAGGUGAUGUCAGCUAGCAAACACGUAUUCUAAGCUCUAACUUGACAUAUUAAUAGCCUGUUUAAAAAUAUAAAAUUGUGCAUCUUCUCCCUGUUCACCCCAAAUGUAAUGCAUGACUAUAAACCUGAGAAUUGCCGUUGGGGUACCUCAGGCUUGCUGUUAUUUUCUCAUGCACUGCAAAAAUACAAAAUAAUAAAAAAAUUUUUAAAUAAAAAACCAAAAUGCAUCUUCACUUGUGUCUCCUGCUCUCCCUGUAACUCAGAGUCGGCCGGUGAGAGAAAGACUUCGUAUUAAAGGGACACUAACGUCACCAGAAUUUCUACAGUUUAAUGUAGUGGUUCUGGUGUCUAUAGCCUGUCCCUGUAUGCUGAGCACUGUAAAUGCUACCUUUUCAGAGAAAAGGCAGUGUUCACAUUGCUGCCUAGGAACAUCUCUAGUGACAGUCACUCAGACGGCCACUAGAGCUGCUUCCUAGUCCAGGGCUGCACAGUGUGCAGCACCUAUGUUGAGCAUCUCCACUCUCUGCAUGGAGGCACUGAAUGCUCCCCAUAGAGAUGCAAUGAAGCAAUUUAUGAGGAGAUGCUGAUUGGUGUGGUGAAGCACAGCGUUUUGCCACACAUGCGAAAUAGCCUCCCAAUGCUUUCCUAUGGGAAUUAAAUUGGUGUUGCCAGUUGUCAGCCAAAGUGAAGAGCACACUCUUAUUACUUAAAAAUAAACAAGAUAAUGUCAUUUUUUUUACUGCUGUGCCAUAACAUACAUUUACAAUUUCAGUCCAAAUGACCAAACUUUCCUUAAUAUAUCUAUAAGAAAAUGGACUGAAACAUUGAUUAUAUGCAAAUGCAGGUCUGCUUACAAUAAAUCCGCUCUUUUGUUUAUUAUGAAGUGAGUGAUAGUUUUCCAUUUUCAGUUUUUUUCCCGCAUCCAUAUCUGCACACUAUGCUGGCGCGAUGCAUUACGGGGCUGGUAUAGAAUUUCUUUCCAGGGCUGCUUUUCAUUCCCAUCCCGAGGCUGAAUUUAGGUAGUGUGUAUAUAUAUUGGCUUUCAUUAAUUGAGAUUGUGUCCGUUAACAAGUUAAAACAAUAAAACAAAACACAAUUUACGUUUUUCAUAAAAAUAAAAUCUUUAUAAAAUACUCAAACUGACUGUGUUGGAUUUUCACACAAUUAAAGGACAUCGUAAUACAAAGUAGGGACUGUAGGGUAUUUUUCCUACACCUGAUAAAACUUAACAAAAAUUGGAGCUGUUACCGUCAAGUUCUGUCAGUUCCUCUGGACAUCAUUGACAGCUGUGGAAAAAGGUCAUUGUCGCGCUGAUAGUAUCUAUGGAAUGAAUGACGCGCCAGGAGCCGAAGACAGAAGAUAACAGUGCCCAGGGGGACCUCCGCUGCGCCCCUGGAACACCACGCAGACCGGCGAUGUCACCAUCGGGAGUCUUUGCAAACUAUGCAAAAACCUCAGGAGUUGACAGAGCCCUUUUAAGGAUUUUUUUUAAUGAGUUUUUUUAUUUAGCACCUAAUAAAAAAGUAUAAAAAAAAUAAACGGAUUCCUAAAAUUUUCUGAUUAGAAUUUGUGCUGAGUGUUCUAUUCUCACUUAUGAAUCAAUGAAUUUGAUGAUUACUGAAUUUUGCAUUACUGUGGGCAGUUUCAGAAUGUAAAUGGAGAGCUUGGUUAUGUCUGAAUAAGCAGUAACAAUGCCAUUUACUAAAUAUGUAUAUUCAAUUUGGUGCCCCCAGUACAUGGAAAUCUUAUUGGUGACCCGUUUGGGACUAUCUGAUCAAUAUAUAUGUAUUUUUGUGGCUUGUUUUGAAAGUUAAGGGUGGAGAACCUUUAUUGCAUCCUAUGUGAAGUUUCAUAACUUGUCACAGCCUCUGGCCUCACUAGUCAUGUGUGCAUCCAUCCUGCUUAUUAGGAGGGGCUGAUCAGAUGCCUUUAAGGACUAAGCAGGGAAAAGUUGCAUUAUUUUUCUCCAACCUCCGAAGAAGGGACACGGCAGUCCUGGGAGCGCAAACUAAGCUUUGAGGGUUGGCAUGCCUACCAAGGAUGUACUAAGAACUAGUACAGGGUGCAUUGACUGACAUACUUGGAAGAAGGUGCUGGAGGUUACGGAUGAGAGCCUGGGACCACUCUGAUAUCACAGCAUGCUCUGAUAUCACAAUAUAUUCUGUCAGAGAACGGGGAGGGCCAGUGGACGAACAGAUAGAUUGGAAAAGGAGAUACUACAUCGAUACCUAGCCAAGCAAAGACAAUCACAUCAGAUUGGUAUGUCUGAAGCAUCGAAUGUAACUGUGCCACGUCUAAGCACUCUUUCUGAGAAAAUAACUUUAAAUCAACUUACAAGCCAGCGGAUUUUAAUAGUGGGACGAGGAUCCCUAAGAACUAAACCUACAUUCCCGGAUAAACGAAGAUCUCUCUGCUCUGUACCUUAGUCCGAAGAAGCAGGUUGAAGACAUUGAUUACACUGAUCGUACACUGUGAUCCGACAGUAAGGUAAUAAACUUUUUUUUUUCUGUUUUAUCACAGAUUUUCUUUUUAGAUCUCUGCCAAUACUGAUUGAAGGGUUGAGGGAGGUUUUCACUGUGUCUAUACAUCUUGCCCGCACCUCAUCCAUACUGCUUUAUCCACCUGCAGAAUUUAAAAAAAGGACAUAACACUAAACAAGGACGUAUUACAGAGAAGUAAAACUGCGGGGAAACUACCGGACUACAGCUCCCAUAACUCCCUGCGGACUCUGGCUCGCAAGGAAUGAUGGGUGUUGUACAGCAGCAGUACUUGUGGUGCAGAUUUAUAUCCUGUCUAAUACUUUGUUAAUUAAACAAUACUGUGUGGUGAGCUGACAAGGUAACUGCACAAAUUAAACCACAAUAAAUAUAGCUGGGGUAAUUAUUAUUAUUUUAUUAUUUAUAUAGCGCCAUCAGAUUCCAUCGCACUGUACAAUGGGUAAUAUAACAGUAUUAAUCUGGUCAUUUCCCCACAAGUCCUAGCAAGAAAACAAAAUACACAAUUACAUAAAUAGAAAAGAAAGGGGAUUAACCCUCAGAGAGCCAGCGGGGCAACGCAGCUCUAGCGACUGAUUUACUAACGCUGUGAGAAUUCUCCCUCCAGAUGACAAGCAGAUAAUAACCAACCGUCACGUAUGGUUAAUGAAUAUCAUCUGAUAUAGAAGAAUUGUCUACAUUUUAUAUGGGAUUAAAGAGAACCUGACAUUCUUCAUUUUAACAGUGGUUUAAAUAGUUUAUACACAUGUAUUGACACCAAUACAAAGGGCAAAUGGUGUGUGAGUAAAGCUGGAUGGUAUGGUGGGGAAAUGUUUAAAUAGUGGUUUUAGUGAACACAUUGACUUUCAAAGAAAGAUUCCUAGUAAUUGUAUUAUUCCAAUAUAUUGUAAAUCACCCCCAACAAAGGAUGCAGCUCCAAUAAGUAAACUCUCUUAUAUUACCUAAUCUGACACACAGCAUCCAAACAGCGCUAUAGCUCAAAGGCUACAUAUAUUCUACAUCCCAAAAGGAGAAAAGGCUCCCAUUUACUUCUGUAUACCCUGGCUUAUUCUCAGGAACCAGUUGUGAACUCACAUAUUUUUUAAACUUCUUGAGAAAAAUCUUUAAAAUGUACUAUUACUAAUUCAGAAGGGUGUAUAAUGUGCACGCCAUUUUCAUGUAAUAUGGUAAGAAUUCAUGAAAGCAGUGUGUCAGUGUAUGAAUAUAACUAUGCAUGGAAUGUGUCAGUGUAUGAAUGUAAUUAUGUAUGAUGUGUGUCAGUGUAUGAAUGUAACUAUGUAUGGCAUGGGUCAGUGCAUGAAUGUAACUAUGUAUGUUGUGUGUCAGUGUAUGAAUGUAACUAUGUAUAUUGUGUGUCAGUGUAUGAAUGUAACUAUGUAUGGCAUGUGUCAGUGCAUGAAUGUAACUAUGUAUGGUGUGUGUCAGUGUAUGAAUGUAACUAUGUAUGGCGUGUGUCAGUGUAUAAAUGUAACUAUGUAUGGAAUGUGUCAGUGUAUAAAUGUAACUAUGUAUGGAAUGUGUCAGUGUAUGAAUGUAACUAUGUAUGGAAUGUGUCAGUGUAUGAAUGUAUCUAUGUAUGGCAUGUAUCAGUGCAUGAAUGUAACUAUGUAUGGCAUGUAUCAGUGCAUGAAUGUAACUAUGUAUGGCAUGUGUCAGUAAAUGAAUGUAACUAUGUAUGGUGUGUGUCAGUGUAUGAAUGUAACUAUGUAUGGAAUGUGUCAGUGUAUGAAUGUAACUAUGUAUGGAAUGUGUCAGUGUAUGACUGUAGCUGUGUGGCGUGUGUCAGUGUAUGAAUUUAACUAUGUAUGGAAUGUGUCAGUGUAUGAAUGUAAUUAUGUAUGUAGUGUGUCCGUGUAUAAAUGUUUCAAUGUAUGGAAUGUGUCAGUGUAUGAAUAUAACUAUGUAUGUAGUGUGUCAGUGUACAAGUGUUACUAUGUAUGGAUUGUGUCAGUGUAUGAAUGUAACAAUGUAUGCAGUGUGUCAGUGUAUGAAUGUAACUAUGUAUCAAGGGUGUGAGUGUAUGAACGUAACUAUGUAUGUAGGGUGUCAGUGUAUAAGUGUUACUAUGUAUGGAUUGUGUCAGUGUAUGAAUGUAACUAUGUAUAUAGUGUGUCAGUGUAUAAAUGUAACAAUGAAUGUAGUGUGUCAGUGUAUGAAUGUUACUAUGUAUGUAGUGUGUCCAUAUAUAAAUGUUACUAUGUAUGAAGUGUGUCGGUGUAUGAAUGUAACUUUGUGUGUAAUGUGUCCAUAUUUAAAUGUUACUAUGUAUGAAGUGUGUCAGUGUAUGAAUGUAACUAUGUAUGAAGUGUGUCAGUGUAUGAAUGUUACUAUGUAUGGAAUGUGUUGGUGUAUGAAUAUAACAAUGUGUGAGUGUGUCAGUGUAUGAAUGUAACUAUGUAUGUAGUGUGUCAGUGUAUAAAUGUAACAAUGAAUGUAGUGUGUCAGUGUAUGAAUGUAACUAUGUAUGGAAUGGGUCAGCAUAUGAAUGUAACUAUGUAUGUAGUGUGUCAGUGUAUAAAUGUAACUAUGUAUGUAGUGUGUCAGUGUAUGAAUGUUACAAUGUAUGGAAUGUGUUGGUGUAUGAAUAUAACAAUGUAUGAAGUGUGUCAGUGAAUGAAUGUAACAAUGUAUGUAGUGUGUCAGUGUAUGAAUGUUACUAUGUAUGGAAUGGGUCAGCGUAUGAGUGUAACUAAGCAUGUAGUGUUCAUGCAUGAGUGUAACAAUAUAUGAAGUGUGUCAGUGUAUGAACGUAACUAUGUAUGUAGUGUGUCAGUGUAUAAAUGUUACUAUGUAUGAAGUGUGUCAGUGUAUAAAUGUUACUAUGUAUGGAAUGUGUUGGUGUAUGAAUAUAACAAUGUAUGAAGUGUGUCAGUGUAUGAAUGUAACUAUGUAUGUAGUGUGUCAGUGUAUAAAUGUAACAAUGAAUGUAGUGUGUCAGAGUAUGAAUGUUACUAUGUAUGGAAUGGGUCAGCGUAUGAGUGUAACUAAGCAUGUAGUGUUCAUGCAUGAGUGUAACAAUAUAUGAAGUGUGUCAGUGUAUGAACGUAACUAUGUAUGUAGUGUGUCAGUGUAUAAAUGUUACUAUGUAUGGAAUGUGUUGGUGUAUGAAUAUAACAAUGUAUGAAUGUGGUGUGAUAAAGCAUAAAUACAAUAUGUCAGUGAAUGAAACAAAUCGAGUAUGACCUAUUAGUCCUCUUUUUCAUUGUAUUUCUAGGGGUUAUGCCCCAUUGUAUCUCCCAACCAUCACAACUCUGGUGUAUGGACCUGUUCCAUUUCUAGCCAGUGCUGUUUUUUCCUAUGAACGGUCAACAUUUGAAAGUUGUGUCUUAGGACAAUUUAAGGACCAUGGCCUUUUUGUGUUUCUCUAAUUCUAUUUUUUGACUUGCAGGUCACCGCUCACUAUGUCCUCACUAAGAGGACCAGGCUUGACGAUAAACUCCACCAACUACAACCUGUCCAAUGUUUCUGAACAAGUAGCCAACCAAACCUUUAUUUCUGUGCAUGUCCCGGAAGAGAUAUUCCUGGCCCUGUGCUUGUUCACUCUGGUAGAGAACAUCCUGGUCGUGGUAGCCAUUUUGAAGAACCACAACCUUCACUCCCCAAUGUACUAUUUUCUUUGCUGUCUAGCUGUAUCUGACAUGUUGGUCAGUAUUAGCCAUCUAAUGGAGUCCAUGUACAUGUUUUUGAGAAACUAUGGAGUCAUAGUGGUUGACGGGAAAACGGAAAUCCAGGUGGAUAACAUCUUCGAUAUGAUGAUCUGCUGCUCUGUAGUGUCUUCUCUGUCCUUUCUCGCAGCCAUCGCUGUAGACCGUUACAUAACAAUUUUCUAUGCCCUUCGUUACCACAAUAUCAUGACACACCGCAGAGUGUUAAUAGUCAUCAGUGGCAUCUGGCUGUUCAGCACAGUCUGUAGUGUACUUUUUAUCAUCUAUUCGGAGAAAAAAGAAGUCAUUCUCUGUCUUAUAGUUUUCUUUGUCCUCAUGAUGGUCUUGAUGGUAGCUCUGUAUAUUCACAUGUUUGCCCUUGCACGACGCCACGCACGGAGCAUCACUACUUUGCAAAUGGGAACGAUGAGAAGGGUUAUGGUACCACAUUCCAGAGUAAACAUGAAGGGUGCAGUUACUCUCUCCAUCCUGUUGGGCAUCUUUUUUGUGUGUUGGGGCCCCUUCUUCCUCCAUCUCACCUUGAUAUUGUCAUGUCCUAAACACAUUCUCUGUAUUAAUUACUUCAAAUUCUUUAACUUCUACAUCAUCCUCAUCAUCUGUAACUCUGUCAUUGAUCCCAUAAUCUAUGCCUUCAGGAGUCGAGAGCUGAGGAAGACAUUAAGGGACAUUUUACUGUGCUCCUG